AUGUACAGUUUCAUGGGCGGCGGUUUGUUCUGCGCCUCCGUGGGGAACGUCCUCCUUGUGGUUUCUACGGUCACUGACUACUGGAUGCAAUACCGGCUCGCCGGGACCUUCUCCCACCAGGGACUCUGGAGAUACUGUUUGUCUGGGAAAUGCUACAUGCAGAUGGAGAGCAUUGCCUACUGGAACGCUACCCGGGCCUUCAUGAUCCUGUCCUGCCUCUCCUGCUUCGCGGGCAUCAUCACGGGCAUCCUGUCCUUUGCCCAGUUCUCCACCUUCCAGCGCUUCAACAGGUCUUUUGCAGCCGGCAUCUUGUUUUUUGCUUCCACCCUGUUUGUCCUCCUAGCCAUGGGGAUUUACACGGGGGUCACCGUCAACUUCCUGGGGAAGCGCUUUGGCGAGUGGCGUUUCUCCUGGUCCUACAUCUUGGGCUGGGUCGCCCUUCUGAUGACCUUCUUUGCAGGUAUUUUUUACAUGUGUGCCUACAGGAUGCACGAAUGUCAGCGGCUGGCCGGGGCCCGCUGA